UUACUAGCAGUCUUGCUCUUUGCAACUCCCACUCAUGCCUUCGGCGCAGGAAACAUUGCUUCCAUCUCAAAGAUUGAAGGCAAGAACUGGCGCCAUGGUGACAUUGAAGAUAUGCUCAAGACAGUCGACUGUCUGAAGAAACACAAGUGGACUUCGAUGAUGAUCAAGCGCGUCUACUUUGGUAAUUGGCUCCGUGACUACAGUCAGGCUGUAGACGUCGGCACUCUAAAGGGUGUUCCUGCCAGCACGAUUCGUAUUCUUGUCUGGGUCCUCGCCUUUAUGAGCUUCGGUUAUGCCACGGGCGAAUUCGAGGUCACUGAAGAACGUCUUGGUGUUUACCGGCCAGAGGAGCAUAUAGACAACCCCAAGGAUUAUGCCGACAACAUUGAUGCAAGACAGUACGAUCAACGUCUGCGUGGACCAGUUUCACGCGAGGAGCUUGCAAUUGAUCCUGAUACUGGUAUGAAGAACUACAUCGCCAACGAGCGUGGUGAUUGGGCCACUUCCUCGGGCUAUGUCAGAUACAGCUUCAAGAGAGCCAUUCACUAUGGCCGUAUGUAUACUCACGGCAGCAACAAAGGUGAUGAAAAGGAUCUGUGUGAGGCUCUUCGUUGUCUGGGUCAAGCUUUGCACUGUAUGGAGGACUUUGGUGCACAUACAAACUACACAGAGCUGGCUCUUCGCGAGCUUGGACACCACAACGUCUUUCCUCAUGUAGGCGCCAACACCGAGAUCAACCUUCGAGGAAAGAGAGUCUUCCCUCUGGUCACUGGAACUUUCGGUGGUGUUGACUUUAUGCACUCCGUCCUUGGUGAGGCCACCGACCAUGUCACCCAAAGCGAGGUUGAUGAGAUGCAGAGUGCCCUGAAUAAUGCUUCUGCUGAAGGGAAGCGGUCCGGAUCAGGUCCCUCAGGCGAGGUCUCCGGUCUGGUCAGUCUGCUGUCAAAGGUUCCUGGUACAAGCUCUCUAUGCCAAGAGGCUGUCCGUCUGCAAUCCGAGUCUGAUCAGUACGCGGCUCAGAAUGCUGGUGCGGGUGCUCGUGGCUUUGACGAUGGUGGCUACAGUCAGGAUCGUGCCUGGAACCCAGUUGCUUCUGCCAACAACACUGCGGAUCCUCAAGCUAUCGUCGCCAAAAUCUACCCCAUCUUGGUCUUCCGCGAUAACGUGGUUCGUUCCAUCAGCAACAUCGUCUCCAAGAUUCCUGGUCUGGAGAGUCUGAUUGAGAAAAUCACCGAAAAGGUCACACUGACAGUCAUGGGUCUGCUUGCUCCUUACAUCACCCCCUUGAUUGCUGCCGCUUCUAGCAGUCUUAAGCAGGGCAGCUCCAGUGUCGUCGACGCCAGUGGCAAGCAUCAGUACGAAGUCUGGACCGACCCCUUCAGCACUGACCCUACCCACUCUCUGCUAUCCAAGGACCAUUUCAGCAACAUCUUGAACGAACCCGCUGGUAAGGUUGCCGCUUGUAUCUUGCAGUAUGUUGCCCCUCGUGUCAUAUACGCUUUCGACCAUCCAGAUGUGCCGGAAGAUGAGGUUCUCAACGACGUUCUUCGCGCCUUCCACCACCCUGCAAUCCGCGACCCUCACUGCGAGAUACAAAAGAGCAUGUUUGCAGUUGUCGAGGACUGGGCUCGUUCGCGUCAUGAUCUUGACAGAGUUCUCAGCUCCGAGAGCGUCAAGGCCGGACACAAUCACACAGGUGGCGCAAACCCUCACCUUCACUCACACGGC